AUAAAUCAAGCAGUGGAAUUUAAAAGAGGGCGUGGCAAGGAAGGAUCAUUACGAUUGCCACCUGAUCAUCCUUCCCAACCUCAACUCCCAGACUUCAUUAACACUGCUCACACGCCAGCACUUGCUCUUCGUCACGCCAUUUAUCCCAUCAGUUCGUGCAGUCUGGACUGUGAGCUAGUCAGCAUAUCGAUAAGGUGAAUCUAAGCGGAAUCAUCGAAAUGACAGGGCGUCACUGGGGAUACGGAGAGGAGGACGGUCCAGAUGCAUGGCACAAAAACUAUCCCAUCGCCCAUGGCAAUCGCCAGUCUCCCAUAGACAUAGUUCCCGAGGACACUGUAUACGAUGCCAGCCUGCCUCCCAUAUUCGUCUCCUACGACCACUGCAACUCAAUCAACAUCUGCAACAACGGCCACUCUGUGACAGUGGAGUUUGAUGACACCGAUGACAAAACAGUAAUCAGGGCAGGCCCCCUUGACAACGCCUACCGGCUAAAACAGUUCCACUUCCACUGGGGUGGGAAGGGCAGCCAAGGCUCCGAGCACACUGUCCGAGGGAAGACCUACGCUUCAGAGCUUCAUCUGGUGCACUGGAACGCAGACAAGUACAAGACAUUUGGGGAGGCAGCGGCAGCCCCCGAUGGGCUGGCUGUCCUUGGCAUCUUUUUAGAGGUCGGAGGUGAACACAGAGGUUUACACAAGAUAACAGAUGCUUUAUACAAGGUGAAGUUUAAGGGAAGCGUUGCAGAUUUCAAAGGUUUCAAUCCCAAGUGCCUCCUACCGAGCAGCCUCCACUUCUGGACCUACCCGGGUUCACUGACCACGCCGCCUCUUCACGAGAGUGUCACCUGGAUCGUUCUGAAGGAGCCAAUCGUAGUUUCAGAGAAACAGAUGGGAAAGUUCAGGAUGCUGCUCUUCAGCGGAGAGGAGGAAGAGAGCAGGAAAUGCAUGGAGAACAACUUCCGACCCCCUCAACCCCUGAAAGGCAGGAAGGUGCUAGCAUCCUUUGACUAACGUGACUGCAAAUAACCUCCAUGUGGCAUAGACCACGUGAUCUAUUAUAUGCCAGAGUGAAUGUCUGAGUAGCGAUUAUUCUCAACUUUGAAUAUCCUGGUCUGAGUUUUUUACUACUGCUGAUGAACACAGAACCAGGGGUGUGAAACAUCACAUCUCCCUCUACUGGUCAAUUGUUUUCAACCGCACUUUAAUUUAAUGCCAGAAGCAGAUAUCAACGUUUGAAUCAGUCAUUAUGACUAUGUGCCCUCUGCCCAGCUCUAUAUUUUUAAUCAUAGUAGUUAUCUGUAACAUUUUUAUGAAGUGAAAGAUAUUGCUCACAAAGCCAUCCAGGCAUUUCCUUGACCGAACAGCGUGAUGUAUGUAACUCUGUAGCGAAAUAAUUGAUCUGAUUUGAAUUUUGUUUGAAGAUGUACAACGUGACCUCAAAUGGGUGUAGUGAAAAGCGUUUAACAGUCCCCCUCCACACACACACACACACACAACAUUUUCUGUCCAUCCAGUGGAUUGUUGUUGUUGAGGCUGCUAGUAUUUCUAUGCAAGGUGCUAUGUCUUCUUCCCAGGGGUUCAGCCACACCAUUGGAAGACGACGCCAGUGCUCUGUAACAUGUCGUCGGAAUCCUGGUGGUAACCUACGUUGAUCCAUAUUUAGCUUGGCUAUUUCAACUGGAUCCACCUCGUCCUAGUUGCCUUUAACCCAACCCUCACAACUGUGGGCGGAAUUGCGGUAGCGAGCGGCUGCCAAAUCUCAAUUGCUCAACUGUAAAUGGAAGAGUUUAUGCCGUACUUUCCCCGUGCCCUGACAGCCCAGUGAUUGAGGGAAUGGCACUAGGGUGCUCUCUCAGCUGUACAUCAGCUUUAAAGAUGCCAAGUAUACGCUGAAUAGAGGAUGAGCUCAUGUUGGGUUAAAACAGUUCCACUUUUGAGAAAUAAAGGAGCGGGCGUACAUAUACAGCAUAUUCUGUAUGUCAACGAGACACUUCUGUAAUGGGUUUAUGUCCAUGUCUUUGUGCUGCUCAUUUCUCCUGUGCCACAGAACAGCCCUCCUCCCCACAGUCCGUUCCUACACUACUGUACGAUGUGUUGUUCCAAGCAGGGUGACGCUCCAAUUCUUUUGCAAUAAUGGAAGGUCUCACUCAGUAAGUGAGGGUCAUACUCAUUAAUAGAGCCCCAGGUUAGAGGCAGCUGUAAGAGAAAUUGCUCCUCUGUCCUCUUGGUGUGUUUUGAGUUAUGGUUGUUUUACGUAAAUGCUGUUCAAUAGAUAAAGGUGGACUUUACCAAUAUGGACAAACCGGUAUGGGGACAUGCUCUGCCUUGUCAUACGCAUGGGAAUUAAGGCUUGGAACUGGCACUUGAGUUAUCUAUUUCAAACAAUUGAUAUUAUACAAUAUGAGAAGCGUUAUUUAUGAUAUAUGUACUAUGUGAAUCAUUUUGCAUGAACUGGUAACUAUUUAAUUGACUCAUUUUGUUUUUUUUGUGUGAAUUGUAGCUCUUAAAAAUAUUAGAUUGAUUCAGUACUGUUUUGUUUCAGAAACAAAAGCUGUGAUGAAAGAAUGUAUCAACCUUUGUGUUACCAUUAAAAGGCGUGUGUGGAAUAUACAGAUUAA